UAUAAAAGGAAAGUUCAUUAUGAAUAAAUUAUCACAAGUCAAAAAUAAGCAAGAAUUAGAAGCCCGAUUACAAAUUUUAGGACGAGGUAUCGGUCCAGUUCGCAUUAAUGAAAAAGGAGAAAUUUUUGUUUUUGAUGAAAAAAAAACUAAAAAAGAAUAUAAAAUAGGACAAGCCAGGAGGCGAAUAAUUAGUGGUGAGGAAAUGAAGAAAUUUUUGGAAAAAACCGACAAACAAGAAAAAGAAAGUUAA